UAAUACCGUCCCAUUAGUUACCAAGUGUCUAAUUUUGUUUUUCGUUUCCAAUAUUACCCUUCCUUCUCCUACGCAUCGACCCGUCUCUUCUCACCGGCAAUCUGAUGUGAUCAGUUAUUUUAUCCAUCACUUUUCUCUCACACAGUUGCGCGCUGAAUUUGUAAUAUUUUUGUGGGUUUUUCUUCAGAUCCAAAUCCAAUCCCAUAAUUUUUUCCUCUUUCAUUUCUAUAGAUAUCUACCUUUUUCUUGAUUUUGCGGGAGCCUUCUUUUCUCGCUUUGAUUUCAACAGGAGGGAAGGACAUGUGAGUUGUUUGAACAGAAAGAACUAGUUAUUUCAUUUGGUGAUUAAUCAGCUCUUACUUUAGUUAGUUUCUUUGUAACUAAUAGCAAAGAUUUUCUGAAAGUGAGAAGAAUGGCAAGGAACGGGUUAACUGCUUAUCAGUUUUCUCUUCUCCUAUCUCCUGUUGUUUCUUUUUGGGAAUGUCGUGUUCGUAAAAUGAGGUAUUCCUUCAGACCUGAGUGGGUGUAGGUAUAAAUGCCAUAUAUUUAUUGUUAUAUAAGUUUUCAGCUUUGGAUUUAGUAAAGCAUCAAAUAACGAGGUUUGGAACAGAAGGGAAUACAUAGAUACUCAGAUAUCUAUACAUCUUAAGGAAGUUUUCUUGGGAACAAAAUUAGAAUAUUGCAAAAUACAAGUACUGUAGUACUAGGGUCAAGGAUAGCAUGGAGUGUGCUAAAGUACCAGCUGGUGUUAGAAAAGUCAAGAAGAAGCAGGUAAAGGAUGAGUUUGAUCGUAUUAAACAGGCUGAGAAGAAAAAGAGGCGUUUGGAGAAGGCUCUGGCCACAUCUGCGGCAAUCCGUUCUGAGCUGGAGAAAAAGAAGCAGAAAAAGAAAGAAGAACAGGAGAGGCUUGAUGAAGAAGGUGCUGCAAUAGCUGAGGCAGUUGCACUGCACGUCCUACUUGGUGAAGACUCGGAUGAUUCAUGCAAAGUUAAGCUGAAGAAGGACGAGGAGCUUACCUCGUUGGAUAAUGAUAGCAACUUCGACUUUGUUAUGGGUGGACGACAGGCAACGAUUCCUCAUCAUGAUCUAACUGACUAUUUACUCGAAGGAUCUGGCUGGGAUUAUGAUCCUCAUGGAUAUAGGUGCAUGUUAAAUCACAGUGGCAAUUCCAACUUGAUCCUGCCAUCUGGGCCGCUGGGUAUAGAUUUAUUCCCACAAUAUUUCAAAGAGCAAAGUUGGGACACUGCUGGUUUUCUUGCUGCUCAGGCUGUUUCAUCACUUCAAAUCACUGAUGAUGCGCGGGUAGAUGCCUACAUCUUCAACCAGAUGUUAAGAGGUUAAAAUAAAGAGUGAUCUGUGUCUAUCAACUUGUGGUUUUUGUCUUUUAAGUUUUGUGGUUCUGAAUAGUGUCCUGUAUAUUUCAAUUCAGCUCUCCUGUCUUGUUUUUCAGAAUUCAAAGCUUGGAUUUAUUGACUUUUGUUCACUCUGUGAUUCAUAUUCUUGUUGGUUGUUUCUGAUGGCUUGAAAUUUCAAUAUGAUGGAAUUUAAAAUCAA